CAUCGCUAGCUUCCAUGCCAACUUCUUGAAUCCGGCAUCAAAAUUCAAGAACAAUGGAGGGUUACCAACUUCACAAACUCGUCCUUAGGGACACAUACACAACCGGGUCAUCGGCCCACGAAGCGCGUCGCGCUCAGGCGAUGAGUUCGCUCACAUCCCCAACCGCCCACGGCGGCAUGGGUUUGAAUGCAGACCAGGUCCACGAGGCGAUUACUGCUGCCACUGGCACCGCCUGCGAGUUGUUUUAUUCCCACCCUGUCGACCCCGACCAUGUGAGCCACGAGCUCUUCCAGUUGUUAGUCUGGCAACACAUCUACCUCGUCCACUCGCGAGACUUCCCAUGGGAGGAUCUUAUUCCCGUCGCUGCCUCCGACCGCACCGGCCCAAGGGCAUCCGGGUAUGCUGAAUACCACCGAGAUGCGAAGAUGAAACUAUGGGCCCAUGGCGAGAUGAAGCGUUGGAUCGAUUCGCUCGCCCCAACGCUCGGCCAGAAAUCGACCUUUGGUCCCGUGGACUUUGGCACCGCGAAUGCUGGCCCCGUGGACUUUACCGCCACGUAUGAUGGCCCCGUGGACUUUACCGCCGGGUAUGAUGGCCCCGUGGACUUUGGCACUGCGACAUCCGGCAAGGUGGACUUUGGCAAGUCUUCUCAACGUUCGGGUUAUGGCGGGGCGGAUUUGGACUCGCUUAACAACUCACCGGAGUCGGUCACUUCACAGGGCUCUUCCCCAACGGGAGGCAGCGCUUUGCAGUGGGCGGCAGUGCCACCGCGUCCUCGCAACAUUUUUGGUUCCUCCAAAAAGCCUGCUGGAUGGUACCAACACAACAGGUCGGACUAGGAAUCCCAGAGCGACGGGCGACGAG